CGAGUUAUCGGCAAAGCAAGCGUUUCUGGAAUUCUCCAAUCUGACCGACUACAGCAUCACUAUAUAUAAGCUCCAUCCGUCUUUGUGAAUUGUAACAGACAGUAGCUUAAAGUUUAAACCCUACAUCAAGACGCUUGAAACCGAGACCUCUCUAGUUUCUCUCAUUCUCAACUCUUAUCGAGCUAUGGCGAUAAUCUCCGAUAUCCAAGAGGACCAGAACGCACCCGAAACAAAGCCGUCCCAGGCAUCGCCGUCGUCUAAAGCGGCGUCGUUUACCGCGAAGUUGGAUCGCUCGAAUCCCCUAGGGUUUGUGGAGAAGGUGUUCGACUUUUUGGCUCAAGAAAGCGACUACCUUAAGAAACCGACGGCGGAGAAGGAGGUCCUGUCCGUCGUACGCGCAGUGAGGGAGAAGGAGAUUAAGAAAGUCGAAGAGGAGAAGAAGAAGAAGAGGCAGGAGGAGGAGGAGGAGAAGACGAAGAAGAAGGCCAAGGAAGAAGCUAAAGUUGAAGAGAAAAAGGAGACUCCUUUGGAGGAGGGCAAGAAAGAGAAGAAGGGCUUGAGAGUUCCAAACAAAGGCAAUGGACUUGAUUUGGAGAAAUACUCAUGGACGCAGAGCCUUCAGGAGGUUAAUAUCGUUGUUCCAGUACCUCCUGGAACUAAAUCACGGUCCGUUGUGUACGAAAUAAAGAAAAAUCAUCUGAAGUUUGGAAUGAAGGGUCAGCCUCCUAUUAUUGAUGGGGAGCUUUAUCAGUCUAUCAAGCCUGAUGAUUGUUACUGGAGCAUAGAGGAUCAGACUGCUGUCUCUAUUCUUCUGACCAAGCACAAUCAAAUGGAGUGGUGGAAAAGUUUGGUGAAAGGUGAUCCCGAGAUAGACACUCAAAAGGUGGACCCUGAGCCCAGCAAAUUAUCUGACCUGGAUUCUGAAACCAGGCAGACUGUUGAAAAGAUGAUGUUUGAUCAGAGACAGAAGCAGAUGGGGCUCCCGACCAGUGAUGAAUUGCAAAAACAAGAUAUCCUAAAGAAAUUCAUGUCGGAGCAUCCGGAGAUGGAUUUCUCAAGGGCCAAGAUACAGUAAAUCUGACAGUUUGGGGUCGCUGAUAACUUUGAGCUCAUCAUUAUAAGAUGACUUAUUUAAGUUCAGCUCUUGCUUAUUGUUGAACUUGAGGUGCGGUGUGUGUUCUUUUCUAGGGUGGUUAGGAUGUCCGGAUUGGUCCGAACGCUGUUAAUAUGGUGUGCUGGUUUCAUUUUUAGAUAACAAUUUGAUUAAAAUUCUUGGGAGUAAUAUGUUUAUUUGUAUUUUGCUUUA